AUGGCACCGGCGGCCGCUGCUCCAUCACUCCUCCGCCAACCACGCGACGAGCCGACGUCCGACGACUCCGAAUCCGACUCCCUGAUCGCCCCACUGGGCCGGGACCUAUCCAUCAGCUGCCUCGUCCGCUGUCGGCGAGCCGACCACGACAAGGUCGCCGCCCUGAACAAGUCCUUCCGCUCGUUGAUCCGCGGCGGCGAGCUCUACCGGCAGCGGCAGAUCGCUGGAAUCGCGGAGCCCUGGGUGUACAUGUCCUGCAACCUCAUGCAGUGGGAGGCCUUCGAUCCGGCCACCCGCCGGUGGUUCAACGUCCCCAAGAUGCCGGCCGACCCCGUCUUCAUGCACUCCGACAAGGAGUCCCUCGCCGUCGGGACCGAGCUGUUGAUCGUCGGCCGGGAAAUGGAGGACAUGGCUAUUUACAAGUACAGGCUUGACACCAACCAAUGGACCACCGAUAAUCCACCGAUGAACACCCGGCGGUGCCUCUUCGCCUCGGCCAGCGCCGGCUCUCUCGCCUACGUCGCCGGUGGCGUCACCAUCAAGGGCGAGAUCCUCACCUCCGCGGAGCUCUAUAACUCAGACACCGCCACGUGGAAACCGCUCCCCGGCGGCGGGCUGAAGACCCCGCGGAAGAAGUGCUGCGGGGUGAUGAUGGACGGCAAGUUCCACGUCAUGGGCGGGUACGGCCCCGACAGGGUCCCGAUGACGUCAGCCGAGGUGUACGACCCGAGGACCAUGACGUGGGAGGUGGUCCCCGACAUGUGCCCGCCGUCGUGCGGGCCGUACGGCUGCCCGCCGCUGUGCGCGGUAGUGGGUGACGAGCUGUACGCCGCCGAGGUGGCGGACAAGAAGAAGAUGGAGCUGUGGAGGUACGUGAAGGGGAGGAACGCGUGGGUGAGCGUCGGGAAGCUGCCGGCGACGGUGGCGUGUACGGGCGGGUGGGGGAUGGCGUUUAAGGGUGUUGGGGAGAGGCUGGUGGUGAUCGGCGGGCCGAGAGGAGGGAUUGGGGUUGUGGAGAUACACUCGUGGGUUCCGCCGGCGGCGGUGGCGGAGGAGGGGGAUGGUGGUGGUGGGAGUGCGGUGCCGCUGCGGUGGGAGGUGAUUGCCGGGAGACAAUCGGGGACGUUUGUGUACAACUGUGCUAUCAUGAGCUGCUGA